UGUGUAAAUCUUUUUAUUUUCAUAUAGCGUAAUUAUGUAUAAACAAUUUUCAAGCGAUUCUAAACGAGGUUAGCUCUCGGCUGUCAAAGGAAGCAAGUUGUAUUCUAAUUUAUCGAUUUGAACGAGAGCAGAUAAUUAUAUUUUACAUUCCACUAUAUUUUAAAUUUAUUACUUUAAUAUUUUACAUUACACUAUAUUCUUUAUUUAUUACUAUAAUCAUAUUUUACAUUACACUAUUUUCUAUAUUUAUUACUUGUAGCAUUGAUGCAACCCAUGAUAUAUUCACACAAGGCCGCAUGAUAAAUGAUGCAGAAAAUGGGGACAUGUUGCAAAACUGCAUUAUGAAAAUAGUGCCGGUCGAUGAUAGUCCCCGACUAUGUAUAUUCGCAACCCGUUUGAUAGCCAAGGGUGAAGAGUUACGAUAUGACUAUGGGGUGACAAAUCUGCCUUGGAGAAAGAAAAACAAACAGAAAUUGCAAGGUUCACAACAGUCAGGUGAUGAACCGAAUUCCGAAGGCCUCGAUGUGAAGAAGGGAUCCUCUACUGGUACAACUCAAACAGGCAAUGAACUUGAUUCCGAAGACUUUGAAAUGAAGCAACUCACAGAAACCGGUUCACAACAGUCAGGUGAUGAACCGAAUUCCGAAGGCCUAGAUGUGAAGAAGGGCUCCUCUUCUGGUACAACACAAACAGGCAAUGAACUUGAGUCCGAAGACUUUGAAAUGAAGCAACUCACUGAUACCGAAAACAGUAUUUCAACCCCUAAGAAUUCCAACAAACGACAGUCAACUAGCAUGCUAGAGACUCAGGUCAAUAAAAUGCCACGAAUAUUGAAAUCUCCGCAAAACGUUGGGGAAACUCGUUUGUCCGUGGCUAAGAACCUUGCUGAAGAAGUCAGUGAGGAAGACGUCUCAUCGUCAAGACGCAGUGCAAGGGCAGUGGUUCCUAACAGCCGAUGCAAGGACAUUGUGGACCUUACAACAACGGCAGUUGGGAAACAGAUGCCAGGUCCAGGGGAUAUUGUCACGAUUAUAGCUGGCAUGAAUGAUGUUCUUACUCCAGUGUCUAAGGUUCAGGACCCAGAGAGCAGCAAUCCAGAGGGCAAGGACGUGAAUAAGGCUGCUGAUAUAAGUAAAUAG